AAUCCCGCCGCUGUCUGUGAUUGGCUGUGGGAGGUUGUGGCUUUUGGUGGAAUCCCAAACCGUCUUCAUGUCGAUGCAGAGUAUACUACAGAGCAUGCGAAGGAUUGAUGAUGAUGUCUUCCCUAGAUUGUGCGCUUAUAUAGUGGAUCAGGAAGGGUUUGGGAUUCAGCCUGUGUUUCAGGAACUAACAGUAUGUCGUAAAUUACAGCCUGGAGGAUUUUAUACCGCUGAAGGGUCUUUAUUUACAGUGGAAGGCUUUUUGUGGGGUUUUUUUUGGCAAUACAUAUCUUUUUUUUUUUUUUUCCAAGAAGAGGAAGAUUUUGGAUGAAUCCGGAAACGAAGCACGUUUGAAUGAGGUGUUAGAUAGUAAUGCAGGAAUGCCCCGCACUCGGACCAUGAGCACUUGGGCUGUUGUUGUAGUUUUGUUGUGUUUUGUAUCAGAGCAGUGCAUUUCCGGUGGAAAUCCUGCAAAGCUGCUGCAGCUCACUGCCCAGGGCUUUAAAGAGCACGUGCAGACCGGAAAAACAUCUCUCAUUUACUUUGGCAAAGGCGCCGAUCCGGCCGUUCAGACGUUCCUCGAGCAGUUAGAGACGUCCGCCGUGGCGUUGGAGGACUACGGCAUGUCGGUGGCGACGGUGAACUGCUCCGAGGAAAACGUCGCGGAUUACUGCACGGAGGACGAAGUGAUGCGGAAAGCGUAUUUAUUCAGAGGCGCUGAGGUCUUGCGAAGUUUCGAGAUCGACACCAUUUUUGACGUCAACGCCAUCGUGUCCCACAUGCUAUUCACGGUGCUCUUCAACGAGGUUCGCUACGUUCACACACCAGCCGAGUUGGUCAGCGUCGAAAAAGUGGCGAGGGGAAAGACGGACAUUGUGAUGGGUCACGUUCCUGCGCUCGGGCUUCCGGAGCACCGGGCUUUAAUGGAGGCGGCGUUUGUUUACGGAGGAAAGUACCAGUUUGUGCAGGCCACCGGAGCACCUCUGCUCAAACACAUGGGGAUUGCUGAUGCGUCUUCCGUCCAGGCGCGUCUCUGGUUCCUCCACUGCAAAAGCGUGUCUCGCCCGUCUGAACCGUGUCCACACACACUUAUGAGAAAGCCACUGAGCACCAUCAACAUACACUCCUUCCUUCAGCUGAUGGAGGCACCGGUCCUGACGGAGGCAGACGUGGAUCCUGAUGACGUGGAUGUGAUUUAUAAUCACCUGAACGUGCCUGUGCUGUUCCUGUUCGCUCAGGCCGAGACACUGCACAUGGAUCGAAGCACGGCUGAGAUUUUGGCCUGGAGGCUACGAGGAGAGCUCGGCCUCGUCCUGAUCCGCAGGGACAGUCCCAAGAUAAAAACUCCACUCAGAUAUAACGCUGCGUAUCGACUCCCGCACGAGGAAGUGAAGUAUUUUACUUUGAAGAAUGUUGAAGAAGUCGUUAACCUCGUUCGAGGACAGCUGUUUGAGGAGGGGAGGGAAGAAGAAGCGGAGGAUGAUGAGGAUGAGGAUCACUGGGCUUCUUUAGAAGUUUUGGAUGAUGAAGUGGCGGAGUCGGUGUACAGGGACCGUGGCGUAACGCUGGACAUGGAGUCUGUCUCAGAACUCACAGCAGACACUUUCACCAGUGCAGUAGCACAGAACGGCCUCACGGUGGUGCUGUUCUAUGUUAAAUGGGACGCCGUGUCCAUGGCUUUCCUGCAGUCGUAUGUCGAGGUUGCUGAUGCACUUGAAGGUGUGAGUGAUGUCACACUGGCCUCAAUAGACUGUGGCGAGUGGACGUGUGUGUGUCGUGAUCAGAACGUCUCGUCUUUCCCCUCCGUCCUGCUGUUCCGCCUGGGCGACGACACUCGGUCCUACAGAGGCAUGAUGGGAACCGAGAGCCUGUAUAGAUUCAUCCUGCUGAGUCAUCUUUCCCCCCCUCUCUUUCUGUCCUCCUCGGAUGAAGUCCUGUCAUUCCUGGAAGGAGAUCUGUAUCACAGACACUGUUCUCUCUCGCCCAUCCGAGUGCUCGGUCUUUUCACACCUGGAGAUCCGGAUGUGGCCGUUUUUGAAGAAGCGGCGAAAAAUCUAAGGGGGGAAAUUAUUCUGGGGCUGUUUGAGCACAAGGAGGCAGAGAAAUGGGCUCAGGAGCAGUCUGUGAUGCUGCCUGCUCUCCUGGUGUCUCAUGGCCCCGGAGUUCAGAGAAGAGCUAGUCCCAUUCUUUUCUCCACAUUACAGGAGAUGAUCUCGCACGUCAGGAGAGCGGCACUCGCUACAUUUCCUGAACUGACAGUAGAGAACCUGCCAUGGUACUUGGAGCUCAGAAAGCCUUUGCUGAUCCUGUUUGUUGGGGGAGAGGAAAGUGCGGAGACUUUGCAAUGUCUUGAGGAGAUGAGGAAAGCCGAGAGGACGGGACGGCCGGAGUCAUCACUGCCAUGCUGGAUCCAUCUGGGUCGCACGCCUGCUGGAAGGGCCGUCUUAGAGACCUAUCUUAGCUAUGUUCCUCCGCUCCCUGCUUUGGUGCUGUCACAGCUGAGCUCGGGUGGGAAGGUGUAUCACUUCCCUACAGAGCGCCCUCUGCUGUCGGAAAACAUUGUUCAGUGGCUACAGCGGAUAGAGAACAACCAGGAGCAGGCUGCAGGUGUGGUUCCCGAUAAAGCGUGGCGUCCCCCUGUGCCUUUUUAUGACUUUCUGGCCAUUAUGGAUGAAGAGGCGCCAGGUUACGCGGCUCAGCAGCGCCCCAAAGCAAAGCGUGUGGGCAGAAAGGAGGAGGACGAUGAGGAGACACGAAGCGCUGGAAGAGAAACAGCUUUCAAACCUCAAACAUCAUCUCAUCAUACCGAACUGUAGACGUGUACACUUCUAUACACGUACCUCGUCAUAGAGGACAAAAAGAGUCCUGUUAAUAUUUAUAUUAAUAUGAAUGACCGUCUACUUCAUUCUGCUCACAUGAUUUCUCUCGCUUAGGUUUCAUUAUCGCUGCUCUUUUCAGAUUAACCAUACAGCAGUAUAUUGCGCUCAGACCGCAGCUAUUCCUAUUAUGCGUUUGUAUUAUUUAUAUAUUUAUCUCUUUUCUUUUUUUUACUAAUCUGGCAGCGUUUACCAGGAGAACAUAUUAUACUUGUUAUUUCUCAUUCCUUUCUUGUCUGGUUUAUAGCAGAAUCUCGGUAUAAAGCAGUGGAUACCAGGUACGCAGAUACAGUACCGAUGAAUUCUUGUAAUUAGGGAUGUUUAUGAUUGAUGAGAAGCUGCGGUUUCACCGAUUGAGUCACGACUGUUUUCCCAUCAUCCUUUCUCCGUGCUGUUCUGCUUCUGCCAUCGAAAGUAACAUAACAAACCUGUGUUUCAUUUCCUACGUUGUAAAUGAGAGACGGGGGGAAAAAAUGGCAGCAGCAGAGAAAAAGGAAAAGCUUUUAUACACGUCUUACAAAUGGGAAGCCGUUAGAUCUUCUAGAACGUUCACAUGCUUUUUCCGUUACUGAUCCAAGUGUGUGACGAUGUUCGAAAAGAAAAGGGUGGGUUUUUUUAAUUUUUUCUUAUUUUGGGUUAAAUCGUUUACUUUGUACUCUCUAAUGCUUGAGAAUACUAAAGCGUGGACACUGUAAAGCAUAAAGCAUAGUUUUGGCCGGCUAGUCUUACUCGAGGUGUAAUCUAGUGAGAUAAUACGUAUUCGAGACAGUACACGACAACAAAGGAAUUUUUACAGAUAUGUUUAUAGAUGAAGUCGUGUCGAGUAUAAGUGUAGAAAGCCUCAUGUAGGUGAUCUAACUGUGAGAAAAUCUGUAUUUUGAUUAAGGUUCAUUUGAAGAAGUAAAGAUUUUCCAGAGCUCUCAUAUGAAAAAAAAAAAAAAAAUUGCUCAACAGUUAUUACAACAGUCUUGUAUUUUAAAUUAAAUAAAAUUUUGCUUGUGCAAUUUUAAUGUUGCCAUCAAACUGAGAUAGUCCUCCAGGGGGUGAAGCUGGACCUGAGCAGACUCCUCCUAUAAGCCUAACCUUUUGUUACCUGGAGGAUCCGCGAGUGUGUUUGUGUGUUGUGAGAGUCGAUCAUGAGUCACUUGUUUGUCCUGAGCAGUUAAACCACCCACUGUUCUUCAAAAAAAUCCUCCAGGUCCUGCACAUAGUUUACUUUUCCGGCAUCUUCGAGGACGACUGAGGGACUCGUACACGACUGUUACAAAAGGUGCAAACGUUCACUGAUGCUCAAGAAGGUGACACGAUACGUGCGGGGGGGGUAAACUUUUGAACAGGACGAUUGGUGUAAAUUGCUGUUAUUUUGUUUAAAGAUCUUAUUUAUUUAUUAUUGAUUUCUGGACAGAAUAAUGCAAUAUUCAUGACGGACAAAAUGGACACAGUUUAGGACCGUUGCAUGAUGCAACAGUGUAAAAUAAAACCGUUUAUAAAAGUGGUGUGUUUUUUUUUAAAUGAGCAGAGAAGCAUUUUUUAAUUAAUGUUUUCAUUUUUUACAUUUUUGUGUAGAAAGUUAGUAAAGACGCGCACGGUGGCUUAGCGGUUAGCACGUUCGUCUCACACCUCCAGGGUCGGGGGUUCGAUUCCCACCACGGCCCUGUGUGUGUGGAGUUUGCAUGUUCUCCCCGUGCUGCGGGGGUUUCCUCCGGGUACUCCGGUUUCCUCCCCCAGUCCAAACACAUGCAUGGUAGGCUGAUUGGUGUGUCUAAAGUGUCCGUAGUGUAUGAAUGGGUGUGUGAGUGUGUAUGUGAUUGUGCCCUGCGAUGGAUUGGCACCCUGUCCAGGGUGUACCCCGCCUUGUGCCCGACGCUCCCUGGGAUAGACUCCAAGUUCCCCGUGACCCUGAAAAGGAUAAAGCGGUAUAGAAGAUGGAUGGAAGUUAGUAAAGAUAUACUAGAGCCUUGCUGCACUAAGAAUAAUAAAUAUAGCCUAGCAAGCACCAGAAAUUACUAUAAUGAUAUGUACGUUAAAUCACAUUAAUGGUCUCAAGCGAUUUGGAGGUGAUUUACAUCUUAUAUUUUCCUAAAUUUUAAAAAAGGGGCGCUUUUAUAUUCUCUAAAUUCGCUAGAAACACUUACAGUUAAAUACGCUCUCGCAGGGAAGCUUGUUGCGGCAGAGGGAUGUCUAUCCGCAAAACCGAAAUGCUCAGACCACCCUUGAGUUUAUCGAAAAACAGCAGUUCUCUCCUCUGGGAGGUGGAGGGUGAGAAACACCAACAUUGUGAACCAGAUGGUGAUAAAACCACAGAGGAGCAGCUGUAAAGGAUAGAAUUACUCUAUGUCAUCCAAAUACCAUCCAAACUGAGCUAAAUACGGGCAUGAUUAUUAGUCAACAGCAAUAGGGGGGAAAAAAGAGUUUGAACUAAACAAACAGCAUGCUGUAAAUAAUGUCCUGCCAGAUAAUAUUACCAAACAUUUGUAUUUGUCUUUGCAUGAUGAGUCAGCAUCUCCGUCCAGGUCCAGUCACGCUACACUCUGUCCACAAACAAACUACCCGGUGGUGGGAAACAGUAUUUCCAUACCUUCGCCAUCAGUUAUUAUGGCAGCCCUGAAGGGCAAAGUAAAAUGUAAGGGUGCUUUAGUUUUUCAGGGUUUUGUAGCAUAACAGCUGAACAAAAAUAUCAACAUUUUUACUCAACCAAAAGUUCCCUACGGUGCACAAGAAGUGAAAUGUCAUGUAGACACAAAUUCACCAUAUAGGAGGGCUGG